AUGGGAUUACCAAAUCAAUCAGUUGUUGAUAUAAAUGAGGAAUCAGAAAAAUCUGAGCUAAAUGUCAUUCCUAAUCCUCUUACGCAGAAUAAUACAAAUAAUUUUAAAGAUCCAGCAGAUUGGACAAAUAGUAAUAUAUGUCGUAAUUAUAUUGCAAAAUUUGGAUAUGAUCAGAACAUUGAUGCAGAUUUUACCUCAUCAAAACGAACUUAUUCUGAUUAUGAUCGUUAUUGUAGUAGAAUUGACACUCAAUUGGCAACACAAGUGACUGAUGAAAUUAAUUACUGGAAAGCUGUUCUUCAUCGAGUUGUUGAAGUAAUUAAAUUUCUCGGUGCAAAAGGUUUAUCAUUCAGAGGUGAUAAUGAACAAUUUAACAAAAUUAACAAUGGGAACUUUUUGGGAACAGGGAAAGGAACUCCGUCUUAUUUAUCAUCCACAAUCUAUGAAGAACUUUUACUUUUGAUGAAGAAUGAUAUAAUUAAAAUUAUAUUAAAAGAAUUAAAAGCAGCCAAGUAUUAUUCUUUAAUUGUUGAUUCUACACCUGAUAUAGCAAACGUCGAUCAACUUGUUAUUGCAUUAAGAUAUGUUUUACCUAGUGGUGUACCUGCAGAAAGAUUUUUAAUAUUCAUUCCAAACAGUGGUCAUAAAUCUAAAGAAAUGAGCAAUGUUGUAAUGGAUUUUCUUAAUUCACACAAUAUACCAAUUGAAAAUUGUCGUGGCCAGAGCUACGACAAUGCGAGGAAUAUGUCAGGUCAGUAUUCUGGAUUGCAGUCAAGAAUUAAAAGUUUUAAUUCAUUUGCAGAGUAUGUACCAUGUUCUGCACAUUCUCUUAACUUGGUCGGAACGUGUGCAGCAGAAAGUUGUAAUUCUGCUACUUCAUUUUUUAUGCUUCUCCAGGAACUAUACAAUUUUUUUUCUAGUUCUACUGCACGUUGGGACAUUUUAAAAACAUAUUUGAAGAAAAAUCUUAGUGUAAAAAAUUUAUCAGUAACUCGCUGGAGUGCUCGUUUUGAUUCUUGCCAUGCUUUAUUUAAUUCUUAUGCAUUUAUAAUUGAAGCUUUGCAUAGUAUAGUUGAUAAUCAGAAAGAAAAAGCUGUAUAUAAAGUAGAAGCUAAUGGGUUGCUUGCAAGAUUAAAAACUUUAGAAACUGGUUUAAUGAUAUGCAUAUGGAAUAUUAAACAGUUUUAAUGCUACAAAUAAAAAAUUACAAUCAACUGACAUUGAUCUUCAUACAGUAUUAGAACUAUAUAAUGGCCUUGAAAAUUACUUGGUACAGAUUAGAGAUGAUUUUGAUGUUUUUGAAAAUAAGGCUGUAAAAAUUACUGGUUGUUCGGAGUAUACCAAAGAUUCCAAGAGAAAAAAAAAAGA